AUGCAGCUAGAACCAUAGUCUACUGAUCCCCCUACCGGAGAACCAACAGAUCCACAAACAAGAGAGCCAGAGGGAGUUCCACUUAAUCUAACUGAGGAUCAAAUUGAAGAUUUCAGAACAGAAUGUGGUGCAUUCAUUGAUAGAUGGCUAGAAGAAGGAACUUGCACCGAAGAACAAGCUGCAGUAUACAGAAAAUCUGUGAAUUAGAGGAGUCUUUCUUUUUAUGAAGGAGAGAUGGAGCUGUUUGAAAAUGCUCUUGAAGGUUGCCGUGACGAAAAUAGAUAUUAUAAGAAAUUCAUUUAAACAGACUCAAACAGCAUCUCUGAUGAAAAAAUUUAAACCUUAAAACACAUAUGCCAUAAUUACAUCGAGAAACUACAUGUGGAGUGGGGAAUGAGUGAUGAAGAAUAUGAAGGGACAAAGUAAAAAUUUGAGGCAAUCUAUGAUUAAAUUAUUAAUAAUGGAGAUUGGACUCUCUAUUAUGAAUAUCUAGACAUAUGUAAUGGAGUUUAUGAUUGA